CUUCACUCCUAAUCACUUCAGCCGCAUUCCAUCUCCUACUCCUUUUCGAUAUUGUUAAGGAUAUUGAUGACCAUACAGUAGUCAUUGGUAGAAUGUGGUGGCAGUGAACUCAAGCAAAGAUGGAACACGCUCAUAUACGCUCACAGCAGCAACCUAUACCAAAUCAACAAUCCAGAAGGAUGCAACAAAGACAGCCAGAUAGCUACCUUUCCUCUCCUCCAACAUCAUCCUCAUUACCUUCCACUUCAAAUCGAUCUGCAUUGCGUACUAGACAAGAAAAUGUUGGUGAAUCAUUCCUAGCGAUGGAUCCAGAAUCAUCUUCUUCGCCUUCUUCCACAAAGGUUGCAUCAGCAGGCUCAUCAACUAUGCUGUCCUACUCUACUUCUCCCAAUCGAAGUGUUGCUCGAAGUAUGCAGAAUAGGUCGGCUGGUCAAGCAGCGAGGGGUAUGAACUAUGAUGACUCAGAUGUAGCAGAAGGAUCGUCACAGCGAGCACAAAUGAUCGAUUUGUACAAUGCUACAUUAUCCGGUCAAGAAAGUGAACAAUCUGGCAAUGAAUACGCCGCAAGACCUAAAGCCAAAUCACGCGGAACUAGAUUAGGGAUGCAAAUGGGCAAAAUGAAAGUAGCUUCGCCUUCUCAUCCCCCAGAAAGCCUGAUCGGCGCAAGCAACAGGGAACAGGGGGAAACAUUUGCACUUCAACAUCAGCAGCAGCAGCAGCAGCAGCAGCAAAUCGCAGCACAGCACGAUCGACGAAUACCUCCUACUCAACAGCAGCCACAACCUCCCACAGAAAGUGAUCGUUCAAACCUCCCUCGAGAAGGACGAUCGUCAGCCUCUUCUGCUCGACAGAAAGGUAUGGAGAAAGACUCUUCGACAUCUUCAUUCUCAUCGAGUAGGGCUACGUACGAUUCAACUAGGCUGACAGAAAGCACCAGCACAACAAAAGAGGCUUGGUCUACACCUCAUGAAACUCCACUCAGGAGGACAAGUUCACCAGAUCGACAAAAUACAACCCGGUCAGGACAGCUUUCCGAUGCAACGAUUGCCGAACUUGGUGCGACGCCAGGAAUGGAGCCAGCAGCUUUGCUAAAUUCGGAUGGUCAAGCGUUGAGCAGUAAGAACAUAUUGACGAUCGCGCUUCAAAAAGCACAAAGUGCAGUCUUGUUGGAUGGUUCGAACAAUGUUGCAGAGGCCAUAUUGGCAUACAAACAGGCCGUCCGGCUACUGCAAGAGGUGAUGGAACGUGUCAGCCCAAAGUCAACUUCCAAUUCAAAGUCUAGUCGUAAAGUUCAUCGAGAGGAAGAAAGAAGGCGUCUUAAAGUGAUUCAUGAUACUUAUGCAGAACGGAUACGUUUGUUAAGCAUGAUUUAUUCGCCAAACACUGAUGAUGAAAAUGAGGGUGUAUUCAACACUUUUAAUGCGGGAGAACCGGCGGAUACAUCUGGAGAAGCAGACAAUGAAGAGGAACCCGAAGAUGAAACUGUCGACAGACAAAGCUGGUCCGAAAAGCGAGAGGCAAAAGGCAAGCGUAUCUCAGAUCACAAUGCAGAGCUUAGCGAGCAAAUCGCUACACCGACGACAGCGGCACCGAUCAUCAACGUUUCGCACGAUGAGCCACACGUUCGUGCUACUCCUCAUGAUCGUAUGUUACUUGAUCCGGAUGUUGACAAUCGAGGUCAUAACCGGAUUGAGGAUGGAAUGAUAACUCCAUCAACGCCUUACUUUGAUGCGAAUGCAACAUUUAAUGAGUUUAGGCAUUCUGAAGACCUUUCCCGGUCAAAUGCCACGACUUUGGUGGUUUCUAAAGCGACUGCUGAGCCGAAGAGAAUUAUGAGAGAUCAGACUCUUGUCAGCCCAUCAACUUCGCAAGGCACAAUAUCUCAACGUAGAAGGAAUACAAAUACAAGCUUGUCAGCAGUCCUUCCACCGUCACCAACACUGCUGACAUCUGGUAAUGAGAGUCAAAGUGUUACACCGACAUUGGCUUCUGUUGCAUCAAUGAUUUCCACGGGAACAACUCCGCCUCCUCCAAUGCCAGGCAGCGAUGGAGUAUUGCCUGUGAUGAAACAAUUAUACACGAAUCAUAUGGACGAUGCAUCUUCAGCAGACAAGACCGCAGUAGAUCUAUCUGAGAAGCUGCAAAUGUCAGAUGGCGAAGCGGAGGCCAGAGAACGGCAAGCUGCCUUUAGCUCUGCAGUUCGGAAAAGAGCAACAUCUCAACCCAGUCACCGUCGACCUACUAUUCCCGCAGCAUUUUUGCCUGGUUCGAUGCGCUCUCAUCAAACUGCUACUCCUCCGCCUGCUUCUCGGCCACCGAUGCCAAAAAUUACCCGCAAGGCGUCUAUGCCGUUGACUUUAUUACCGCAAGCUUCUGGUGCUUUGACUGGUGGCUCUGCAACAAUCACGAGUCCAUCAGGCGCAAAAGGAGGGUUAGGUGGUGCCAAUCCAUUGCCAAGUCCUGCCCCUUCAAGUUAUUCGGGUUACCAUAUGUUAGGAACACCAAUUAGUGCAGUUCCACCGACAUCCAAUCUGGUCGAUGAUCGAUCUCUCAUCUUACAGGAUUUGUUUCCGACAGCUUUGCCUUCGAUGCAGAUGGGAAUGCAACCUAGUUUUGCUUCCAAUUCAGCUUCGUUGGGGUUGGCCUGGAUGGGCGUAUCCAAUUCAAUACCGGAUUCAAACGAUCUCAAUAUGCCAAACGAGAAAUGCUUGCGACCGUUCCACACGAUGAAACAAUUGAGCAAAAGUAUCGAAAAAGGCUCGUAUUUGACACAAAAGCUAUUCUUGCCCAAAGAGUUGUGGCUGCAGAAUGUAGGGGGAUCACGACUUUCUGCUGUUGAUACAAAGAUUCGAAUGGUAGAUCUGAUGAGUACAUCGAUGGACAAUGUGGAAAAUUAUGGACAGUUCUUACUACAUGAAAUGUCUUUCAAUCAACCGGGCACGACUGCGAUUCAUGUUGCGAAAUUUGUUAAAAGUUUGGACGAAAUGGAAAGUGUGAUGAUGGAAGUGCAACACACUCUGAACAAGAAAUUGGGUAACUUGGAGGGAAGUAAUGGACCAUCAUCCAGCUCGACCAGCGGACCAGGAAGCGGAAUGGGUGGAGGUAAUGCAGGUGGAGCAUCUGGAUCUUCUGUUAUGUCAAAUUCAACAUCGGGCGGAACAAUAGGCAAACGAUCCAAUCUGAACACCUUUAAUGCACUUUCGUCAAAGUUGUCAAAAUCAAUAAAUCAUAUGGUUGCGCACAAUUCAAAGAGCACCACUGAUUCACCUGCCGUAUACAUCGAAGGUCUUUCACGCUUGUUUAACAAAUCACAAAUCCUGGGCGAUCAUCUGAGUGCGCUUUUGGAAUCGCGACAGCACAACCAUCCAGGCGAAUCGAGUCAAGAUGUCACAAUUACUACAAAUGCCAGUGGUGGUGGCGGUGCGGCGAAUGGAGCUUAUGCAACAGGAAUGCCAAUGGGAUUACCUCCGAUGGAAAUUGGUUAUUCAGGCUUACAAGAAGAUAUGCAAACGAUGAUAGAAUUUCGUUUACGCAAGAUGAGUGAAUUUUUUGCAAAUGUGGUUUUACGAUUUGUUUUGCACGAUUUGACAAUCUUGGUAGAUAAAUCAGUCAAGAGAAAUGCUGUUCAAAUGUUUGAAUCAUGAGAAGAAGAAAAUGUGUAAUUUUAUUUGUAUCAAUGACAUUACUAUACAUUG